CACAUUCGCAACCAAAACAAUAAAUGUGACAGCUGUCAGUUUUAUGAGUCAUUUAUAUUUUUAUUAGGAAUUAGAUUUUUUAAUUCACAUAAUUCGCAUUAGUACCUUAUUCUAGAUUCCAGUGCGGUUAAUUUAACAAAAAUGGAGUGGCUGUUUGGAAAACGUUUAACUCCUGAGGAAUUGCUCAGAAAAAACCAAAGGGCAUUAAACAAAGCGAUGCGCGAUUUGGACAGGGAAAAACAGAAAAUGGAACAACAAGAAAAGAAAAUCAUUAUAGACAUAAAGAAAUUAGCAAAAGAGGGACAAAUGGACGCUGUUAAAAUUAUGGCGAGAGACUUGGUCCGCACGCGUCGUUACGUGAAGAAAUUCAUGCUGAUGAAGGCAAACAUCCAAGCAGUGUCCUUAAAAAUACAAACUCUCAGGUCGCAAAAUGCUAUGGCUCAGGCCAUGAAGGGGGUCACCAAAGCGAUGGCCAGCAUGAACAGACAGCUCAAUCUGCCACAAAUUCAAAGGAUUUUGCAGGAGUUUGAGAAGCAAUCUGAAAUUAUGGAUAUGAAGGAGGAGAUCAUGAAUGAUGCCAUCGAUGAUGCGAUGGAAGGGGAUGAUGAUGAAGAAGAAAGUGAUGCAGUUGUAAACCAAGUGCUGGAUGAACUGGGUUUACAAUUGAACGACACUUUAUCCGGAUUACCGCAGACGGCGGGAUCGUUGCCGGCCGCUGGCCAAAAGCAGCCGGCAGCGGCAGCCGCCGCCAUGGAGGGCGGAAAUGGUGGAGGUACGAUGUCGGAUGCUGACGCAGAUCUGCAAGCCAGAUUGGACAAACUAAGGCGCGAGUGAUAUAAGAUCAUUUUGUUUCUUUGUUAUUAUUAUAUAUAUGCACUGUACUGUUGAAUAAGUGGCUUUGAGCUAUUGCUUAAUGCAUAGAUGAUUAGCAGGAUUUCCUGGAUAUAUAAAGAUUUUUUUAUUUUUGUUAGGAAUAUACCAAUUCUCAUCUUGUUAAAUAAGUGAAAAAAUUAUUGUAAUAAAUAUGUAAUAAUGCUAUUAAUUACCCAACAUCUACUCACCAUGUAUUAUUUUAUUUUAAAUUAACUUUGUUUUUAUAGAAUAUAUUUUAUAAGUAACUUA